AUGAUCUGCCACUACAGCUCCGCCAUAAACCCCGACACGGGCCAAGUGCACGCAGCCCUCCUCGCACACAUCCAAUCGCACAUGCCGGACCUGGCGCAACACAUAUGCAUCAUCCAGCUCCGCCCGCCGCAACAGCUCUGGAACGCGCUCGUCUCGCGGGCCCUCGGCCUCGUCCAGCUACGCGACUACGAGGGCAUCCCGGAGAUGCUCCUUGGCGCCGUGCAGAAGGGGAAGCCCGUGCUUGUCAGCAGGGAGUUUGCGGACUAUCCGUUUGUGCAGGGGGCGGAGGGGGGCGGCGCUCUUGUUCUUGAGGCGGAUGAUGAGGGGGGCGACUCGCUCGCGGGGUAUCUGCUUGACCUUGUGAAGGGCGCUGAUAAUGGGGGGAGGAGCCAGACCGGGAAGGCCGCGCCAGGUGGAGAAACCAGGCAGCGGCUUGAGGACAGAGCGACCACGGUUGGCAGUGCGUUGAGCUGGUUCUUCUUGGCGUCGGAAUUGUCCAGCGGGGGCAGAAUUGAGCCCGAGGGAGGGGAUAUCUUUGCGAUGGCUAAACAAAAGGACUUGUAG